AUGAACGGACCAAACCCGAAGGCUGUGGCUGCGGGGUCGGCGGCUGGGCCCGGGGGGCUGGUGACUGGCAAGGAGGAAAAGAAGAAGGCGGGCGUUGGCGUCCUGAACCGGCUGAAGGCGCGGCGGCAGGCGCCCCAGCACGCGGCCGACGACGGCAACAGGGCAGCGGUCACCGAGCAGGAGCUGCUGGCGCUGGACUCCAUCCGGCCCGAGCACGUCCUGAGCCUCAGCCGGGUCACCGAGAAUUAUUUAUGUAAACCUGAAGACAAUAUCUACAGUAUUGAUUUCACUCGCUUCAAGAUUCGCGAUCUGGAGACAGGGACAGUGCUUUUUGAGAUCGCCAAACCGUGCGUUUCAGAUCAAGAGGAGGAGGAGGAGGAGGGUGGAGACGUGGAUGUCAGUGCGGGGCGUUUCGUCCGCUAUCAGUUCACACCAGCAUUUCUGCGCCUGCGGACAGUUGGGGCUACGGUGGAGUUCACGGUGGGAGAGAAACCUGUGUCAAACUUCCGGAUGAUCGAACGGCACUAUUUCCGGGAACGCUUGCUGAAAAAUUUUGAUUUUGACUUUGGCUUCUGCAUCCCCAGCAGUAGGAACACCUGCGAACACAUCUAUGAGUUUCCCCAGCUUUCUGAGGAUGUCAUUCGACUGAUGAUUGAACACCCUUAUGAGACCCGCUCGGACAGCUUCUACUUCGUUGACAACAAGCUGAUAAUGCACAACAAGGCCGAUUAUGCCUAUAAUGGAGGCCAGUAG